CUCUCAUGUCUGUUUUGUCUGCAUAUAUAAGAUUCCCUCCUUUGAAUUCCAUAUAUUUUCCUCAAAUCGGUCAGAUGUUGCCUGUUUAUUGACAUAUCAUGUAGUAUAUUUCUUAACUGUCAUUAGGAGUAGAGGAUUAACAGUUGUCUUCUGUAAAGCCAUUUAAAAUUAACCUACCCUAUUAGAGAAUGGUCCAACAUCUAGCCAGAUCUACUGUUGGGAUGCUCAACCAUUGGUGGUGCCAGCUAAGAUUCCACCUCCAGAACAGGAAAGGAUUGGACUUGAAUCUGGAUGAAACAUUUCUGCUGCAGAGUAAACUGAUAAAUGACAUCCCUCUCUUCUUUGCGGCCAAAAAGAACAAUGUUAGUUGCAUUAAGAAACUUCUAGACUGUGCGUCUACAAACGUCUUUGAGAGAGGUGCGCUGGGUGAGACUGCCCUGCAUGUAGCAGUUCUGUAUGAUAACAUGGAGGCUGCUGUUGCUCUGAUGGAAGGAGCACCUGAACUCAUCAAUGACCCAAUGACAUCCGAUCUUUUCCAUGGAAUGACUCCUCUUCACUUGGCCGUGGUGAAUCAGAACAUUAACCUGGUCCGUCAUUUGAUUGCUCGUGGGGCAGAUGUGACCACACCCAGAGUUACAGGCCUGUACUUCAGGAAGAGGCCAGGAGGGCAGCUCUACUAUGGUGAGCACAUUCUGUCAUUUGCGGCCUGUGUGGGCAAUAAAGACAUCAUCUCCUUGGUGAUCAAUGCCGGAGCUAGCACCAGGGCCCAAGACUCCAUUGGUAAUACAGUACUACACAUCUUGAUCCUCCAGCCCAAUAAGUCUUUAGCAGUCAAGACGAUGGAUAUGUUGUUUUCAUAUGACCUUAAAUUAGACCAUGCUGUGCCACUGGACAUGGUGCCUAACUUCAACGGCUUAACACCCAUCAAAAUGGCCGCCAAGAAGGGCAACCUUGUGGUAUUCCAGCACCUGGUCAACCGAAGACGACUUGUUCAAUGGAACAUGGGACCCCUGACCUCAAACCUUUAUGAUCUUGAAGAGAUUGACUCCUGGGCUGACAAGCUCUCUGUACUGGAGCUCAUUGUUGGCAGCCAGAGGAGAGAGGCAAGGGGAAUACUGGAGGUGACUCCAGUUAAGCAGUUGGUCAGUAUAAAGUGGAACCUCUAUGGGAAACAUUACUUUAGGUUUUUGCUGCUCCUGUACCUUCUGUACAUCGGGAUCUUCACUCUGUGUUGUAUGAAUCGCCCUCUAAAGGACGCUCCGGAGAAUUACACUGAUGAUGCAAUGGACAAAACCACCCGCGUGCAGAAAACUCUAUCGGAGAGUUAUGUAACCUAUGGUGACACCCUGCGUCUGGCAGGAGAGAUUAUCAGCGUUGUGGGAGCCCUGGUUAUUCUGCUACUUGAGAUCCCAGAUAUGCUAAGAGUGGGGGCAAAGAAAUACUUUGGACAGACGGCUCUAGGGGGGCCUUUCCAUGUCAUUCUUAUUACCUUUGCCUGCCUGGUGGUACUUCUGUGUGUGUUCAGGCUCUGUGGAGUGAAGAGAGAGACAGAUGUAAUGGCAAUUUGUCUGGUGCUUGCCUGGAGUAAUGUACUGUUCUUUGCCCGAGGGUUUCCAAUGCUGGGGCCUUAUGUCAUUGUGAUACAGAAGAUUAUAUUUGGAGACCUGACCAAGUUCAUGUGGCUGAGCUUCAUCAUGCUCAUAGGGUUUUCCACCUCUCUGUGGAUGGUGUACAUGACUCAGCUGCAAGGCUCCCUCCCUCAGUACCGCUCCUACCCCAUCACUCUGUUCUCCUUGUUCGAGCUGAGUGUGGGUCUCAUUGACCUGCCAGUGGACCAGACCAUUAAAAUUGCCCCUAUUGUCUUUGUGCUACACUGCACCUUGUCUCUGACCUUAUGCACAUUGUUGAUCAACCUUCUGAUAGCCAUGAUGAGUGACACACACUGGAGAGUAUCCCAGGAGAAGGAAGAGCUCUGGCGGACACAGGUGGUGGCCACCACCCUGAUGUUGGAGAGGAGACUGCCCCGUUGCCUGUGGCCCCGGCUGGGGGUGUGUGGCCUGCUCUACGGCCUGGGGGAGCGAUGGUACUUACGAGUUGAAGAUCGUAAUGACCCACUGUUGCAAAAGGUGCGUCGCUACAUCCAAGCCAAGGAUAAUCAGAGCAAGGAGUUGGAGGACACGGAAAACAAUGGCAUGUCGAAAGGACCAUAACCCUACCCUCAUACCAUCAGGUCUGCUGGCAGAUGAUUGGCCACAUCACAUCAGGGUUUAAACUGUAGUUGUUAUAUAACGUAGGCCACGUGUUGUGUAGUACUUCUCAUGCAUUAUUGUGUCUAAACAAAUUAUUGUAUAAUCCUGGCUGCCACUCAGGUACUAGCUGUGAUUUUCUAUUCAGCACCAAAGACUGGUCUCUAAUCAAACUUGAUAGCUGGAGAAAGAACUACUGCAUUUAUAUAGACUUCACUACAGGUUUGAUUGAAGAAGAGCUCUAUCAUUUGUCCAUUCUUCUCGUAUGUUACUUUUUUGUUGGUAAGUAGAACAAAUGAACACUUUAUUACAAUGACAAAUGGUA